AGAGAUUCCUUUUAACUCAUCAUUAUUAAAGAAAAGAGAGAGGGGGGAAGCUGAAAAUGACAGCAAGCGUACUAGCAAUGGACCAAGCUUGGAGGGAGACUAAAGAAAUCAGAGCUUGACGAAAAUGGGAAUUCGAGUCUUCAAUCUUCUAAUUAAAAUCUCCCUUAAACUAUGCGAUUCAAGCUGUCCACGAGCUUCAUCGAAUUGAACAAAACCAACAACAACAGCAACAGGGUUUACUCCUACUUCUACUUCUACUUCUACUUCCCCCCUUUGACUGUUAGCUCCUUCAAAUUUCUUUCUCAAAAUCCUCUCUAAUUUCCCCUUUUCUUUAGUACCCACUUUGGAAAAAGACACUGGUUUCUGCUCUUCUUCUUCAUUUCUGCAUUUUCAGUCACCCACACGCUCCACCAGCUUCUUCCGAGCUUUGAAAAUGGCUGCCACUGUCCUCUUUCUUUCUGUCUCCUCUAUUUUCCUUCUCUGAUGGCUGUUUUACCCUUUACAAAAAGGUUUGUUGCAGUUCCCCCACGAAUGGGUUUCGAUUGUUUCUUCCUUUUAUCAAAACGGCUGAGCCUAACUGCCAAUUGAUUCCGGUUUCACCCUCAACUAUGAAAGCUGGAUCAGAGAAUGGAUGGCACUGCAUCAAGUCUCUUUACUUUAGAGGUAAACCAGCCAAGGAUUUGUGCUUGUUGCAGAAGGUGAAGGCCUCCACCUGUACUCCUGGAGAAGCCCCAGUUUAUCUCAACGUGUAUGACUUGACCCCGGCAAAUGGCUACGUCUACUGGGCUGGCCUUGGUAUCUUCCACUCUGGUAUAGAAGUUUACGGCAUUGAAUAUGCCUUUGGAGCCCACGACUACCCGACGAGUGGUAUCUUCGAGGUCGAACCCCGAACAUGCCCUGGCUUCAAGUUUAGGAAGUCAAUCUAUAUUGGUACAACUUGCUUGGAUCCAAUCCAAGUAAGAGACUUCAUGGAGCGUCAAGCUGCGAACUAUCAUGGCGAUUCAUAUCACUUGAUCGUGAAGAAUUGCAACCACUUCUGUGAGGAUGUAUGUAGAAAGCUAACCGGGAAAUGCAUACCGAAAUGGAUUAAUCGGCUUGCAAGAAUAGGUUCAAAAUGCAACUGCAUACUCCCCAAGGCACUUAAGGCCACGACCGUGCAACACGACCCGAGAUAUGAGGGACAGGACAGCGAAAAGAAAAGGCUAAGGAGUGGCUUCAGUUGCUUAUCCUCCAUCUCCAUGAAUCAGAAGGAAGUUUCAAUAUCUUCACUGUUUCUACACUCCCACUAUAAAGGCUGCCUACCUCCAUGGGAACUAAAAAGAUCAAAAAGUUGGUCCUUCAAGUAAGGAGAAGACAGACAACCUACCUACCCGGAUUUGAGAUAGCUAACAAGUUUCCUUCUUCCAGUUCUUGGGAUAAUAGCCAUGGGAGCUGACUGGUUUGAGCUUUGAGGAUUGAUAACAGAGGCUCUAAUCUCUCUCCUUUUUCUCUAUUCUCUUGUGUUUUUUAGUCUCUGAGAGGCUUUGUUCUGAUCAUUGACUUGGGGGAUAAUUCAUUCAUGAUGUCGAGUUAUAUCUUUUGGUAGAGCUUAGGAAUCCAAGUAGCUGGUUGGUUUGCCAAUGCCAAUGCCAAUGUAUAUUAGCUGUUCAUCUUCUUCUCUUUGCUAAUCAUUGUUUUGGCAGUAGCUAAGAAUUCUCCAUGGCUCCUCUCUUUUUA